AUGCGGGUGCUGCACCACGGGGCCGCGGGUGCUGCCUGCCGGGGGCCGGGGCCGGUGGCACUCACGGCUCACGGCGCUCGGCCGCAGGGCGCCGCGGGGCCGCCGAGCCCCGGGAACGCGGCGCGGGAGCGGAGCCGCGUGCGCGCCCUGCGCCGGGCCUUCCUCUCGCUGCAGGCGGCGCUGCCCGCCGUGCCGCCUGGCACCAAGCUCUCCAAGCUCGACGUGCUCCUCCUGGCCACCAGCUACAUCGCCCAGCUCGGCCAGGCGCUGGGCCGCGGCCCGCCGCCCCCCGGGCACCGCCUGCUGCACCCCGUGAGGAAAUGGCCCAUGCGCUCCCGCCUCUACGCCGGGCCCUGGGGGGGCCCCGCUCCCGACCCCCCCGCGGCCCCGGGCGGCCCCACGGACGCCGGUGCCGAUGGGCGGUGGGGUGGCACCGCGUGACCCGACAGCUGCCCCCUCGCCGCUGCGGGACCGUCCCCCCGCCCCGAAUAAAUGCUGCGCACGGCCCGGCGCCGGCCCCGCUCCCCGCGCGGCGGGGGCGCAGCCGUGCCGCGAGCAGCCCCGGCGCCGGCUCCCCCGGCCCCUGGGAACGGGGCCGAGGCCAAGGCCGGCGCCGUAAAUCCA